AUGUCUUGUACUUUCCGCGUAAUCGACAACUCCUAUCCGAACAUGCUUUACACGAUGGCACUGCUUGUGUGGGCUGUAAGCAUGAACACGUUGACCUACCAGGGUCAUCGUGUUUCGGUGUCAGCCGAAGCGGAAUCAGACGCUGAUGAUGCGAAAGCUUCCCUGGCAUCUGACGAUGCUGCAAAGGUUUACGGCUUGCUUAGAGUCUGCCGCAUCAGCGUGUACCAUUCCAUGGUGCGACUGGAUCAAGAUGGAAAGCGACAGCUGCGUUUUUGGCAGAUGAUCACUGGUAGAUCGUUGCAUGGGGAGGCUUAUAUAUUUCAUAUUGACAAGUGUAAGGCUCUGGAAUGUCCUUGCGAUUUACAGCAGUUUGGGAGCCACCAGCCACGAAGCUUUGUUGCGAAGAUAGAAGCAGAGCAGGGACCUCGACUGUGGGAGUUGCUAGACACGACUGCUGAGGGAAUGGAAUGGCUAGGAUCUGAGCCCCCUGCAAACAUUCUCAGGGCACCGCGUCCUUUCUUGUGGAAGGUUCUUGCAGGGACUUGGCAAUGUCUUGUGUUUCCGCAUUUGCCGAGAACGAAGCAGCAUGGGUCUUCAAGCCUCACAAUCAAGUGGGGGCUGUGUGGGCAAGAGCCGCCCCCGUUGCCAGCGCAUGCGCAAAACUUCCCAGAUGAGGAUGCGUCAACUCCCAUGCAACUAGAGACUGCUGUGCUUGACGAGGCCAUUGAUUUCUUGCAGGAAUAUGCAGCUUCCAUGAAUCCUGACACGCCGGGAGAGCUGUUCCAGGAAGCUGAAUAUCUCGCACUUCAGCGAUGUGUGGCUACUUUUCAGUCUUUGUUGGCAGGACUUGAUCCCAGUGCAUUUGUUCGUUCGGCCAGGGACAUGGUGGGAAAAGGCUCGGGUCUGUGGCGAUCUUCUCGAAGGCCCUAUCAGGUGGCGUUCUUGGUCAAGGCAGUUACCAUGUCCUCUUUGCUUCGAGGUGCCUCGGCAAUGGGGGAGGCCCUGCAAACUGCCGCAAGCAUCCUCUUGCCCAAAGUUCUGCAAGGUGUGUUUCGUGAUUUGUUGCAGACGUGCCACCAACAUAUCCCACACCCCAGUAGCAUCUCCAGAUGGAAACUCGUUCUGGAUGGAGGCUUUAUGCUUUUCCGACGAAUGCGUAAUGAAGCAUUGCAGAACUCAGAACAACCAGGAGUUGUUCAUUACCUCAUGGCAGACGCUUCAUCGCAACAUGGACGUGAAUUCGAACACAUCAUUCUUGCCAGCAUCAAAAAGCAAGAUCUGGGACGGCUUUACCUUGCUGCAAAUGCCCUUUUCGACGUCUGGCAACAGGUUGAGAAUGAUGAUAGCGAGGCUCUGGCAGAAGAGACCCAGCUCUUGGCAGACCUGGCAGCUGGCAUCGAGCAGCAUCAUUUGCCAAUUAUGGCAUUGGGGUCAGGACGAACCAGCUUGCGUGAUAAGUUCUGCACCGUCAUGUUUGCACUUAUGUUGGAAGCCGGACCUCACAUGUCCAGCCUCGGUGAUUUCGUUCAAGAUAUUGUUGCUGGAACCUUCGAUCUUGGAGUCGAGUUUUCCUUAAGUACGAUUCGCCCAACCUCGUGCCGUGAACUUCUACCGUGGUUCGAUGCCAGCCAGGCUAGCAAACCCACUCAUGAGCCGGAAACAAGUGAUGCAAAUCAAGAUGAUUUUUUUGAUGACAUUCCAGAUGAGCCAAUUGACAGAGACAACAUUUCAUUGCAGAAUAUGCUGUCCAUUCCAGGACCUUUGCACAUUCUGCACAAUGCCACAGACCGAUUGCUCGAGCAUUUGCCCUAUGUGGGAAAAGCGAUACCACGUCUAGUGGCAAUUUGUCGUUUCCUGUGCAAUCACGAGACCAAGCAGCGUCUGGUCUCCACAUGUUUCUCCGGUCCUGUAAGCCGGUCUUUUGAGUCGGACAUAUUGAACUUCCAUGCCAAGGUUAAUGAAGGGCGGUGGGGCUCGGUGGCUUUUGCCGUGCCUGAGCUUUUGCAUUUGCAGAAGCCGUUGCGUAGAUUUUGGGAUUUGGCAGCCUUCGGCAGUGGCCAAGAAGCCGGUCGUCCUGAUGAGUCGGGAACCGGUGCAAGGCUCGAUUUCGUCCAUGAAAGCAUCGAGCUAGCUGAUUUCUGGGCGCAACUGAUGACAUUGGACUGCCUUUUCAAGUUGGUGCGAGAGCUUUUUGAUUGGUUGGAAUCGUGCCCAUGCCACCACAAUCGAGUUGCGCCGCCGAACAGGAAACGGGCCUGGGAAAGCUGCCCCCUGCGUGGGCGGCGCCUGCCGGAGAUCGCUUGUGGUGAGAUGUUCGAAGUUAUCAACCAGCUUUGCCUCGUGAGUGCUUCACAGCUUUUCCUGGCAUUGCCAGAUGAUAUGUCGUGCUUUUUGGAGCCUCCACUGCUGCUGCUGGGCAUAGCGCACCACGACCCAGCAAAGCCCCAGAAGCAGCGAGAUGCAUUGCACAGCUGUUUGGUGUCCGACUGCCGACAUCCGCUUGUUUUGAGGCUGCAAGAAGGUGAGCUGAAAGAGGAAGCCGAGCUGUUCCUGGGGGGAGAGGACCUGCGAAUGCUUGAUGCCCUAGCAUCGUUCAUGGGAAGUCUUCGCUUCGCUUGGGGCACAGAGAGACGGGUGGAAGGUGGCCAUGCUCAAGUCAACAUGCUGACGGUAAGUAGACGACGCCGUCAUGAGGCAACAGACUCCUUGGCCUUGAGAUUGGGCGAGAUCAAGAAAAUCCUUUCAUCAGACAGUGUCACAUCGUUCUUGGAGUGUGUGCAAGCUGCCCGAAGUCCGCAGAAAUUAAUCCAAUCACUGGGCAUGAUCAAACAUCCUAGCUGUCGCUUGGCAAAAAGUCCAUGGGAUCCAAUCUAUCGAAAGAUCAUUUACCAUGCAGAUCCUCUUUCGUUGUACAGUAUGCAGCAACCGCAACUGCGUGUGGAGACUCCUGCUGACCGUGGUGGGGAUCGUGUGCUGGAGCCGUUGAGAGACCAACCUGCAGACAACCAGGAUCUAGCUCCGGAGACGAUCCACAUGCAUCGCCAGCUUGCGUUGCGACGUGUAAGGAACCAUUUGAGCGAGGUGUGCAAGGGCCAAGAGCCUCGUAAGCUGUUUUCCUGCGACAUCCCCCCAUCCUCGCUGCGGCUGUUGUGGCAAUGCUUGGCCCCAUCCCAGACCAUGCCGGCUGUUGCGCAGGGAGGUGAGGGUCAUGGUUCUGUGUCGCCGGAUUCUGCACAGGCGUGCACAGAUGCAUUAGUUUCGCAAGCCUCCCAGCACCAAAGGGUCUUUUUCAGGAUUGUUGGCUUUGGUCUCUCCCGUGCCAAGCUAGCGACACCAGGAGAUUUCGACAAGAGUGAUGUUGGCGUCGUCCUUUUGAGGGCCACGAACGCAGCAAAUGCAGAUGGCACAUGCCGUGUUGAGACAUCUGCAGUCAACUUGCAGUCCCCUGCCAGUGGUGCUGUGUCUGGUUUGGAAGCGGCCCCACUGGUUCUGAGAUUGUCUUGCCUCACUCUGGCCCAACUUCGGUCGUUGACUGUUUGGGAGGAGAACCCAUCAGUGCGGGCCGAUGAAGCGAGUGGGGCAAUGUACAUGUUAGUGUCUGCCUCAGUCAAGGCAUUGGCGAUACGUGAUGAGCUGCCAUUGGCUGACAGAUCCACGUAUGAACUUGUGGAGCAGCUUCUGACAGAUGGAUGGGAGUGUGUGGUUGCGCGUGGACAGCAGCUGCAGACAGGUUUUCCAAAUCAGCUGAGCCAGGCUGCCGAAGAACCGUAUGUCCUUGGUGGCCUGAAACGCUUCUGGAUCUCACCUGCCGAUGCCGAGGACCCAUUCAGCCAACGCUUGCGCUCGUACUUGAGAGCUUUGCUCUGUGCCGAUCAGCAUGAAUCUCCUGUUCCUCAUUUUGAGGGAGUUCCUGUAUACUUGGCCCUGCUGAGCCAUGAUGAGCUGGUGGUUUGGCAGGAAAAGCAAAAAUCGAUGCGCAAGAGACAGAGGCCAGCUUUGCAAGCUGUGGCAGACGCAGAUGAGUGGGAAGUGCCUGAUGUGGAGCCGAAGAGAGCGCCUAAAGCUCCACGCACUGGUAGCAAGCGUAAAGCGAAGCCGAAGCCCUUGAAAGCCAGCGAAGCAACGGAGGCUGCUGCGCUCAGCAAUGAGGCCACAGAUGGCCAUGAGCCUUCGGCUCCCGUGCUGACAGAUGAGCCCUACGAUGAGCUCCAGCAUGGAGCUGGCUUUGCGGACCAAGAGUGUGACAGCAUGGAUGAGCAAGCCGUCGCUGAUGAAGUGCUUCAGCAGCUAGAGCAAGACCUUGCGGAGAGUAAGACCGCGGCUGCCUCUGACCCUGCUGCUGGCCCUCCUGGCACUAGCGGCCAAGUCAGAGAUGACGGCAAGCCUGGCAGCAGCAGUUCCAGUUCCAGUUCGAGCAGCAGCAACAGCAGCUCCAGCAGUUCAGACUCAGAUUCAUCAUCGUCCCCGCCUGAUGUCAAAAAGAAACAGCCGCAAAAGUCACGGGGUGCUGGGAAAGCAAAGGCGGAGAAGAAGAAGAAGAAAGAGCGGACGGAGACGACAGUACUUGCGUCUCGUGACAGAAGCAAUCGGCUCGACUGGGGGUUGCAUCACCUGGUGCCACGCCACAAAGAGGGUUUGCUUCAUAGCUAUCAGAUGUCUUGCCACCAUCCCCGUCACAACUCUGGUGGCAAGCUUUGCUCGCGUGAACUUUCAGUCAACGUGGUCGGUUCUGAAGAGGGCACGCGGCGAAUCCUGAAAGCUUGGGCUUUGCUUGGACACAGCUGCGAAGAUAGGGCUUCCCAUAUGGACAGGUCCAGCCGGCAGAACCUCUUGGAUGCCCUCAACGAUGGCACCUUGUUGUCAGAAGCGGAGUUAGAUAAGCUGAUCGUGGCCACAGCAGACGAACCAGUGGUUGCACCCUUCUGCUUACCUCCUGACUCUGCCAAGCCAAAAGGCAAGGGCAAGCUGCUUCUGGGGCGAGCUGCCAAGGGCGUGCCGAAGGACGUGCAUGCACGGAUGGAAGACCUGGCAAGGAGGGGUGGGGUUCCGCCCACUACUUUGGCUCAGCGUGAGAGGAAUAAGAAGAGUCCAAAGACGACGUACCACGUACCGAAAGAGCUACAUGAAGCUCUCAUGUUCAAUUACCUACACCCGAAUCUGCCCCCACCGGGCGGCUAUGUUUGGCGCCAUUCGGCAGAGGGUUGGCGACUGGUGAUCCGGGGUGGCUGA